AUGGCACCAUCACCAACGGAUUCAGAACAAGAAUCUGAAGCGCUGCGCCUCAAGGCGAUGGCAGAGUCUAAGUUCAGAGCCUCCAACAACGCCAAAUCCGCUCUCAGAUACGCUAAGCGCGCGCAGAGUCUGUGCCCGCACCUCGCCGGCGUGUCGGAGGUCGUGACCUCGCUCACCGUCGUCGCCGCGCCGGACUGGUACAGCGCUCUGGGCGCGGAGCCCUUCGCGAACAGCAGCGUCAUUCGGAGACAGUACAAGAAACUCGCGCUGCUCCUCCACCCCGACAAGAACCCCAACGUGGCGUCCGAGGAGGCCUUCAAGCUCGUCAGCGAGGCCUUCCACCUCCUCUCCGAUAGGAGUCGCCGCCGGGAGUACGACGCCGAGCUCCGGCGGAGAAUCGAGGCGGAGAACGAGACGUUCUGGACCGCCUGCUCUACUUGUCGGCUCCUUCACCAGUUCCAGAGAAGGUACUUGGGUCACGAAUUGGUGUGUCCGAGUUGCGAGAAGAGUUUUAAGGCGGUGGAAACGGUUCAGAGUGAUGGAGAUGGUGAUGGGGAAGUUAGGGUUAGGAGUAGGAGGUUGAAGCUGAAAGAGAUAAAUAAGAAGGAGAAAAUUGGUGUGAGAGGGAAAGUGGGAGAUGAAGUGAGGGAUGAGAAGGAAGGAAAAUUAAGGAAGAGAAUGCGUUCAGUUGGGGAGGUGUUGGAGAGGUCCAAACCUAGUAAGAGGGUUAAAAAUGGGGAAGAAAUGAUGACAUUGGCUGAAUUUCAGAAUGAGGUGAGGAGAAAGUUUCAGGAAAAAAAACUGCAGAAAAAAGAAAAGGAAAAGGAAAAAGAGGAAGACAGGAUUGAGAAGAGGAGCAACCGGGGAGAGAGGCGGCGGGGAUUGAGAAACAAUGGAGGUUUAGAGGUUGGAGAAGUGAGGGAUUUGAAGAAAAGUAUGAAGCUUGCAGUUGAGGAGAAGCGUGGGGGUUUAGAGAGUAGGAAGGGGUUGAGAAUUGAGAAGCAGAAGGAUUCUGAUAGAGGGGAGUUAGAAAAUAUGGCGGUGGUGGAUUCAGAUUUUUAUGAUUUUGACAAAGAUAGAGUGGAGAGGAGCUUUAAGAAAGGUCAAGUGUGGGCAGUAUAUGACGAUGAUGAUGGAAUGCCAAGGAAUUAUGCCUUGAUUGAUGGAACUCUUUCCGUGUAUCCUUUUGAAGUGAGAUUAAGUUGGUUGGAUGUACAAAACAGUGGGGAUGGGAAGAUAGUUAGUAGGGAGAAAAUGGGAUUUCAUAUACCUUGUGGGAGAUUUAAGGUUGCCAGGAAGACUUCUGUGAAUUCGGUAAAUAUAUUUUCUCAUGUUGUGAAUUGUGACCGGGCAGCACGUGAAAUUUACAAAAUUUACCCCAAGAAAGGCUCGGUAUGGGCGCUUCAUGGUGAGGGAAGUAAUGAUGCAGAGGAGGGCAAGAGAUGCUAUGAUAUUGUUGUAUGUCUGACAAGUUACAGUGAGGUGAAUGGUCUGAGCAUGGCGUAUCUUGAGAAGGUUGAUGGUUACAAGACAGUAUUUAAGCGGCAAGAGAAGGGGAGUGCUGCUAUUAGAUUUCUUGGGAAGGAUGAGAUGUGGUUAGUUUCUCAUCAGAUUCCUGCACGGAAGCUUCUUUGUGAUGAAACUCCUGAACUGUUGAAAGACUGUUGGGAACUUGAUCCUGCUUCACUUCCUUCAGAUUUACUUACUAUUGGUGGCAUUAAUAAUUGA